UAGAUUGAACGUUGGAUUAUUCAGUCUCGCUCAGUCCACCAUAGAGCGCAGACAUGGAAUUCACACUUGUGUCGAUAGUUUUCGUGACGCUGGUAGUUUUCUAUCUUUAUUUAACGAGAAAUUUCAAGUACUGGCAGAAACGCGGAAUACCAUGCCCGAAUGGCACUAUACCCGGAAUCGGCCACAUGUGGCAAUUUUUCCUCAUGAAAUCCUCUUUUGGCGACAUUUGCAAGAAACUCUACAACGACCAUAGCAAUCACAGCAUGGUCGGGUUCUACAACUUCACAUCGCCGUCGUUAAUGGUUCGUGAUCCUGAACUGGUGAAGACGGUAGUGCAGACUAACUUUACGAGCUUCCACGAUAACACCAUGAAAGUCGAUCCCGAUUUGGACCCACUUCUGGCGAAUAAUCCCUUCUUCAGCUAUGGUGACAAGUGGAUGACCGGAAGAAAGCGUUUGACCUAUGCGUUCUCCAGUAUGCGAUUGAAAAUAUUACUCGAGAGCGUUAAGCAAGCAUGCGAAAAAUUUGAGAAGUUUCUGGACAGGAGGUUGAGCAAGACUGGAAAGGCAGAAAUGGAGUUGAAAGAUCUGUUCGGCAGGUUUACUGCACAGGUAGUGGCCGGUGCUGGCUUUGGUGUAGAUGGAUUGUGCUUUGACGACGAGAAGGACCACGAGUCCUUCUACGCUAUGGGCAAGUCCUUUUUGGCACCGACUACUUUAAAUAACAUCAUCUCUACCGUGACUUUUUUUAUGCCUUCGUUAAGCAAAAUCUUGAGAAUGAGCUUCUUGCCGAAGAGUGCCGACCAGUUCUUCAGGAGGGUAGUAGCAGAUGUUAUAGAGCAAAGAAGAAAGACCGGAUCGUCUAGCAACGAUUUUCUUCAAUUGAUGAUUGAGUUGGAACGAACGGAAGAUGAAAAGAUUGAUCUGAAUGUUCUUACGUCCCAUACGGUAUCGUUCUUUGUCGACGGUUACGAGACCUCCAGCGUCACUUUGAGCUUCGUGGGCUUUUAUUUGGCCAGUCAUCCAAAAGUGCAAGAAAAAUUACGCGAGGAAGUAGUCUCCGUUCUCAACAAAUACGAUGGUAUCAUCACUUAUGAAGCCGUGAAAGACAUGACGUAUAUGGAUCAAGUCAUCAACGAGUCAAUGAGACUCGUGCAUGUGCUGGGAUUCAUGUCGAAGAUGUGCACUGAAGAAUUCGAGUUGAAAGGAUCCGAUGGACUGGCCUGUCGUGUGAAACCCGGAACUGAAAUCGUGAUACCCGUACAAGGUCUACAUGAAGACCCUCGAUACUGGGAGAAUCCCAAGGUAUUCGAUCCCGAACGAUUCAGCCCGGAAAGAAAACACACCAUCCAGAAAUUUGUCUUUCUUCCAUUCGGCGAAGGACCACGAAUUUGCGUAGGGAUGCGAAUGGCUCAGUUGCAGAUGAAAGCGUGCUUGGCUGCGUUUCUGAGAAAGUUUAGUCUGGAGCUUUCACCAAAGACGCAACUACCCCUAAAACUGUGCCCGACCUUUCUAGCCGCACCAAAGGGUGGUCUUUGGGCUUUUAUUCGAGCAAUUUAAAAUUUUUGUUUCUUUUUAUAUGGAUUAUAUUGUUAUAAUAUUAUCUUUUUGAAGAAUUUUUGUAAAAUUAUGCUCGAUAUCUUUUUUUUACGUU